ACUAAGAUAUACUCUUUGUGAUAAAAUCACUGAGCGGACUAUCAAGGCUAAUCGGGGCUGCAAAUUGACUGGUUUUUAUCGAUACACAGGACGAAAGUUAUAUAGUUUCAACGAAAAAUAAACAGAACGCUUAGUCAAGAAUCGAACAUAUCACCUACAUGGAUUUUAAUAAUUUACAGAAUUACUUUUUUGUUUUUGAUCAGUUUCAUUCAGUAUUAAAUCACAGGUUUGGUUGAAAAAUGCAAUGUGAUGUAGUAUAACAUGUUUGUUUAUUACGAUUAUCAAUCAAAUGUCGUCGGACACCGGCCGUGUUUAUGUGUUUACAUAUACUACUAUUAACAUUUUUGUUUCAAAAAUAUCAUGGUGUUAAAUCUGGAAUAUAUUUAAAGUUUACAAAUUGUGAAGCCGAGCAACAAUGCUGAAAAUCAAACAGACGUGGAACCGUAUCCGGCAUCGUCCUCAUGAUGCACACUCCACUUCCCGAUCCCGACUCGGGAGGUUUCCGAAGCUGAAAAAGAAAUUUGAAUUCUUUUCAAAACUUAAAGCGGGCAAGAAAUCAAAACCUGCCAGCAGUGACCAGAAUGGAUCGCAUGCCGAAUUGCAAGAAUGUAAUGAAGUUCAUGAAACAAAUGAAGACACAAACAAAGAAGUAGCGGAGGCAAUUGAUGAUACAGAUAAUUUAGUUACAAUUACUGUUGAAUGUCAUGAAGACAUUAAUGCAGAGGGAAAGGAUAGGAAGUCAGCAUGUUCGUUUGAAAGACUCUCUGUUGACAGAUUAUCCAGCGCAUCCAUUGGAGUCCGAGAUCGUUCACGUGCCAGCAUGAUCUCACUGAAGUCCAUGUCCAAUGUUUCCAUGCUGAGUUUUAAAAGAGAACCUAAAAUGCGUACAAUCUGGACACAAACAGAACCCGCAGAGGAUGCGACAGAGAAAAACACGGCUGCUGACAUAGAAAACGAGAUAACCGAAGAGGACAAGGACAGGAACCAGACUGAUGUAUCAUGUACUCCUGGCACGAAUGAUUUAACCCCCUGGUCAAGUGUUGAUUUUGGCAUUGAUGACAUUUUUCUAAGAGAACCUGUGGUCAAUGCAAAACUUGCUGCAAUUAGAGACCGCAUAGUAAACCGUUUGAAAUUCCCAAAUUUGGAGAACAGUGAUCCAGAAGUUGUUGUUGAUCUUCUUAGGUAUUCCAAACUGACAUUUCUAAUUGUUUUGAAUAGAAAAAUCUCAAAAGAGGACGGAUCAUUUAAUGAAGAGUUUAUCGCGUUCCGAGGUCUCGAUCUCUUACUAGAUCAAAUGGAGGUGGUAGCUUGUGCGGGAUUAACCACUUUAUUUGAUGUAACAAAGAUGAGCUUACUAUCAGAAUGCGCCACAUCGCUUGUCAACUCAGCAUCUGGAAAGGACUUCAUUAUAAACCAUUGGGAAUACGUUAUUUGCCUAAUCAGAGCACUGGAGACAAAACAUCUGAUGGUGAAGAUGCAAAUAUUUGAACUGCUGUCAGCAUUGUGUGUCUACUCCAAAGAUGGGUACUACCUUACGCUAGAUACUCUAGAAAGAUGCAGGUACUGGCAAAAAAUGCACUACCGGAUGAGUUUGUUGGUGCACGAAGUAAGAACGUCAGAAGUAGCCACAUAUAAAUAUACUAUCAUGGCCCUUAUCAAUGCAAUCAUUUUCGCAAAUGAAAACAUUAGAGAUAGAGUGAGGGUCAGAAACGAAUUUCUGGAUCUAAACUUGCUGGAUACGAUUGGAAAUCUGAGAAGCGAGGAUGAUGAUGACCUAUUGGUUCAGUGUGAUGUAUUUGAAGAUGAAUAUCACGCAGAUACUGAUGCACUUAUGGAGACCAAAGCUGUUGAUCUAAAUGAUCUACAAUCGGUGUUCUCAGCUGUUUAUAACAAGGUACAAGGGACGCCAUUGGACACUACAUUGCUCAAAAUUCUACAAUCCUUACUCAACGAUGGUACGCAAACUACACAAAGUGAAAACAUGUUGAAGUUGUUAGAAAAAUUGACACAACAAGAACUUGGAAAUGAUACUACAAUUGAUCCAGAAAAGAGUCUACGAAAGGACGAAGAACAAGCAAAAGAAAUGACAGACGUGGCAAUCCAGACAGAAUUCACAUCUCACACACAAUCAACACCAUCAGAUAUUGUAGAGUCGCCUGCAUCAUUAGUUCCUGAUGCACCACAUCCGCCUAAACCCCCACCACCCCCACCACUGCCUCAAACCGCUGCUUCUGGAACUGAAGCGUCACAUAUUCCACAACCACCACCGCCACCAUCAAUUCCCGGCGCCCCGCCACCGCAACCGCCUCCACCUGGUGUUCCACCACCACCACCACCACCUGGCGGUCCACCACCUGCACCUAAACUACCUGGCUGCCCACCACCACCACCACCACCACCUGGAGCUCCUCCACCACCAGGAGCACCUCCUCCACCCGGUGCUCCUUCGUUUGGAAUAUCUGUUCCACAGAAUGCUGAACCAGCACCAAAACCGAUCGACACACCAACACCUUUUAAGAAAAUGAGAACCCUGACAUGGAACAAAAUCCCAGCAUAUGCGUUUAAAAAGGAAAGCAUCUGGAACCAGGUUUUGAAUAUGAAAGAUUCCAUUGACUUAGAUUACAAAAAGGUAGAGGAGAUGUUCUCCCAGAAAGAAGUAGCUGCUCCAAAAGCUGUUCUGUCUGCAGAGGACAAUAAAGUUAAAAAUAGAAACUCUUCUGCUCAUAAUGCGGAGGUGACACUGCUGGAUCCGAAGAAAAGCAUGAACUUGAACAUAUUCCUGAAACAGUUCCGUAAACCAAACGAUGUGAUAAUAAAGCAAAUAAAAGACGGUGAUUCUAAAGAACUUGGUGUAGAGAAACUAAAGGGACUGAUGAAGCUUCUACCGCAACAAGAGGAGAUUGAGAUGAUUCAAGGGUACGAAGGCGAGAUAGACAGGCUUGGAAAAGCUGAAACAUUCUAUUACCAGUUGACAAAAUUACCAGACUUUAAGCUAAGAAUUGAAAUGAUGUUGCUUAUAGCAGAUUUUAAAUCGCAGAUUAGUACAAUACGUCCAAAUAUUCAAGUUUUAACAUCAGUUUGCAGAAACUUCAUGGACAAUGAAUCGCUCAAAGUGUUUCUGAGAUUUGUGCUUCAUGCAGGAAACUUCAUAAAUAAGGGUAGCAGUGCUGGUGGAGCAAUAGGGUUUCGUAUAGGUUCUCUCAACAAGCUACUGAUGACAAAGUCAAAUACGGCGAAGAUGACUUUGCUGCAUUACCUGGUAGAAGAGGCUCAGCAGAAAAAUAAAGACUCUCUAAAAUUCGCUGAAGAUCUCCUAGAACCACUGCAAAAGGCAUCGAGGUUCAGCUUAGAUGGAAUCAUAAUGGAAUUCACAAGCUUACAAGGCAACGUAAGCCGCCUGAAGGGUUCGCUGGAACAUGCCGAUGAGGAAGUAAAGACGCAAUUUUCGGGAUUUAUUUUGGAAGCAGAAAAUGAUAUUACGGAUACAGAAAAAGCAAUAGAUGAAGUAAAAGAACUAUGUAAUAAACUGGCAGUGCAUUAUUGCGAAAAUGAAAAGUCUUUCAAAGUAGAUGAGUUUAUAGAGUCAUUUAAGGAUUUCUGUGAGAAUGUUAAGACGUGUGAACAUGAUCUUGAAACGUGGAGAGUGAAUGCUGAGAAGGCAGAACAGAGACGCAAAACACAGGCCGAUAUGUCAAUGAAGCGGAAAGGUAAGACAAGCAUACACGUUGGGUCAGACAACAAGAAAAGUUUUGAUAACAUAGUAAAUGACAUAAGAAAGGGUAAGGUGUUGAGGCGUCUCUCUAAUAAGAAAAAGGACGAUGCACAAUGAAGCUUAUCCAAGAAGAAAAAGAACGAUGGACAAUGAAGUCUCUGUGUCUUGAAACCUUGACAAUUUGCUGAAAUAUUUCUUUUAAAUUGCAAACCUUAUCUCGUAUUAAGGCAGCUUCGCACAAUUGAUAAACCAGAAAAAGUGGUUUAACGUCAUUUAUCCGGAAUACUUAGAACUUUGCCCGAUUGUAUAAAUAUUGUCGGUUAUCACUUAAAGGUCCAUUACUAAGGGAAAGUGAGUUGGCAAUUUUUUUCAUAGCCAGUGCAUAGACUUCUGCAAGACACUAAAUAAUGAAGAUUGGCAGGUCAAAAUUUACAGAAGGUCUUUGGAACUCAAAGAAAUGUAUGUGUAUUAUGUUGAAUUUCAAUGAAUCGACAGAAUGACCCCCCAGGUCUUUUUAACUUUCUUCUACUUCAAUC